GACCGAACCUCAAAACGCACCGCGGGGCUUUAGGGCGCGUGCGUCAUUAUCAACUAUCGCGUUUGUUUCCAGCGUUUGGCUGCAUUUCUUCCGAGCGCGUCGUAGCGCACUAGCUAACGGCGUCCAUUAUGUAAUGAUGCCGAGCCAGGAAAAGCACAGCGUAAUCCCUGGAGGAAGGCUGUUCCACGUUUUUAGGGCAAACAUUUGGAAAGGCGGCGUUAUCCUGGCAUUUAUCAGCUGAGUGGGGGUUUGACUGGGUGCAGGGUGGGACCAACUAACAGUCUCCUCAUUCAGGUUAACCUGAGCAGCAAGCUGAACCCCCCUCAGCUCCCUCACUGGCCCGUCUGCUGUCCUUUGUCCCCCCCGGCAGAGAUGCUACAACUAUCUGAAAAAUGGAUAGUCCUCCUACAUACACGGACCUUGGCAAGGCCGCCAAGGACAUCUUCAGCAAGGGCUACGGCGGGGUCCUGUGGUGGCGCAGGGGUUAAGCACAACCCACACCCCUUAGUCCUCGACAUGGCAGGCUUCGGGGCUGUGAAGAUAGAGCUGAAGACCAGGUCUGACAAUGGAGUGAUGGAGUUUCACUCUACGGGCUUCAGUAACAUGGACACAGGGAAGGCUACUGGCAACCUGGAGACCAAGUACAAGAUAACGGAUCACAGCUUGACCAUCAGCCAGAAGUGGAACACGGACAACGUGUUGGUUAAUGAGGUCACUGUGGAGGAUAAGCUUGCUAAAGGACUGAAGAUCGGCACGGAAACUUCCUUUGUACCAAACACAGGCAAGAAAACUGGCAAGCUGAAGACGGGCUACAAGUGCCAGAGUAUGAACCUGGCCUGCGACGUGGACCUGCAGGGCCCCAUUGUCCACGGCUCUGUUGUGCUGGGCUUCGAAGGCUGGCUGGGCGGCUACCAGACGCUCUACGACGCCACCAAAUCCAAACCGAGCCACCACAACUUCGCCCUGGGGUUCAAGUCUACGGACUUUCAGGUGCACACCUGCGUUAACGAAGGCAGCGAGUUCAGCGGCUCCAUCUACCAGAAGGUGGACGACAAGCUGGAGACGGCGAUCACCCUGGCCUGGACCGCCGGCAGCAACAACACCCGCUUCGGCGUCGCAGGCAAAUACAUGCUGGACAAGGACACCUCUCUGUCAGCCAAAGUGAACAAUGCCAGCCUGAUUGGAGUCGGCUACACCCAGAGCCUUCGGCCAGGCGUGAAGCUCACCCUCUCUGCCCUCAUCGACGGGAAGAACUUCAACGCAGGUGGACACAAGCUGGGGUUGGGCUUCGAGCUGGAUGCAUAACCAGAACUCCUCACCUGCACCGGACAGCACCACCUUUCAUGUAGCUCCUCUCCUCUGGACUCUCCUCACCUUUAACCCCCCCACCACCACCCCCCAUACACACUCUGCGCUCCUAACGAGCAUUUCUGACACUAAAAGUCGAGUCUGGGGAGGCGGAGUGUCGGCCCUGAAAGUUGGUGGUGCGCGGUUGCGAAGGAGUUCCUGAUGUUCUGGCUGAAGUCACACCAUUUUAUUUCGCUGUAGGUCUUGAAAGACGUAACCGUUGGUGUAAAAGUGUGUAACUCAUCCCAGCAGUCUUUACCUAAAAGCAUGAGAGAAUGACAACAUGGCCGCAGAGGCUGGCGGAUGUUUCUUUGCUUGGUUAAAAAGGUGCAGUGUGUCUGCUUUUUUUUUUUUUUUUUUUUAAAUAAGUUCAAACACUUUAGUUUUUAUUCACGCCCGUUUUUAUUUGGUUUCAACUGAAAUCCUUCACAAGAGCCUCUUGCGUCUGCGUGGCCGCUCCGUCUGCCAGGUGAAAUCAAUGUGGUGGAAUCUUCUGGUAUCUUCCCGUAGUUUAGUUUUGCAUUUCUACAGCGUUGCUUUCAUCUGUCUCGGCUCAGCGGCCACAAAGAUAGUGAGGAUGUUUUGCAUGGAGGCGCGGCCGGUUCCUCGAGCGACCUCUGGCCACACUGUUAACCCCCUCCACCCCCUGAUCUCCCCUCCACCCCCUGAUCUCCCCUCCACCCCCUGAUCUCCCCUCCACCCCCUGACCUCCCCUCCACCCCCUGAUCUCCCCUCCACCCCCUGAUCUCCCCUCCACCCCCUGAUCUCCCCUCCACCCCGCCCUCAGCUUUACUGUUUCUACAGCCGCAUCACACAUCUAAGAUGUCUUAUUUAUUUUAGCCUUCAGAUUGUUGUCAUUUGUUUUCUAGACACAGUACCUCAUUUUUUCCAAUGUAAAUUGAAGAAUUCUAGUAAAAAAAAACUGGAAACAUG